GUGGCCCUUAAUGGCGUGAUCUAUAAGAAUCUUUAUUAAUGGACCAAAUAGUUACAGAAUAGAGAGUUGAAGGAUAAGGAAAAGUAAAGGGAUUAGACUAAAGAAACAUUUGAGAGUAGAGGAACCACAUGUGAUGUUAACUUUUUCACUGUUAUUCAUGGCCAGACAAGAAAGAAAACCUGAUACGACUGAAGACUAGUCUUGUUCAACUUUGUAAAUUGCCCAGCAAAUAUUGCUGGUUGACCUGUCUCUCUCAUUGGUUCUAUAAAGUCUUCACAAUGAGAUAAACUAUUUAUUUCGUUUUUUUUUUUUAGUUUAACGUUAUUUUGUACAUAGACUUGGUUGCCCUGAGAAUCUAACUAUUUAUAAGCUUUAAUAUUCAAAAGCGUACUUCAUUUUCACUGUAAUUAUGCCGAGUUUCUUUGUGGGUUUUCUUUGUUUUUGUGUUAUCUUCUUGUUUUGAAGCUAAAGUUCAAAACUUUGUAACGGAAUUGUUACCUCUUCUCUUGCUUUGCUCUCUAAGGGAAAAUCCAAUUCUGAGCUAUGCUCGCUCUUUCUUUCUUUUAUUAGUUAAGGAAACAUCAUGGGGUUGAGUUUUUUCAAUCACUAGUAGUUAUCAAGGAAGUGGGAAAUAGGUUUUGAUGAAUACAAAUUUUAGUCACAGAGAUUCUCUGUGGGGUGUUAACCUUCAUCAACAUGUGCUGGUUUUAAAUAUUGCUGCCUCUUUACUUUGCUUCUCUACUCCAGGGCUGCAAGGAGGCUACUUUGGCUACUUGAAUUCUGCUUGUAAUUCAAGGUGCUCUAAAGAUACUGUUAGAACUUAGAAUUGUGUAUGUUGUCAAGGCAAGUUUAUCGGAGGAAAAUUUUGGGGUUUAUUAGAAUUGGCCGUUUUGCUUAUUGGGAUUAACUGGUGGUUCGACUGAUUCCUUAUCAGCAAAGGAAGGAGCUUUUUAUAUCUGUUGUGGUUUCCAAAUCACUAGAUCCAGCAUACUCCCUUUGCAUGGGAACCGAUGCUGCUGAAGUAGUGGAGACACUGCCAUUUCCUUAUUCCUUCAAGGUGCAUCACUCCAUGUGUACAGAGUUGAUGAAGUUGGUCGAUAGAGUUUCAAAAAAAUUUCCAGAAAUUGAAGCAGCUCGACCUCGAUGCUCGUCAGGAAUACAGGCACUAAGCUUGUUAAACAAAGCACUUGAGAAAGCCAGGCAACAUCUUGAGUACUGUUGCGACUCUAGCAAACUAUAUUUGGCAAUAACGGGGGAUGCUAUUGUCUCAAAAUGUCAAAGAUUAAAGAACUUGUUGGAACAGAGUUUAGCCCAAUUGCAAACAAUGGUUCCAAUAAUGUUGGCUGCCGAGAUAUCUCAAAUUAUUGAUGAUCUUAGGGCAGCAGUGUUUAUGCCGGAUUCCUCCGUAGAAGAGGCUGGUAAAGCCAUGCGUGAAUUGCUCCAGCAGGGCAAUUUAGGAUCUCAGUAUAUGGUGAAUUCUGAAAUCAAGGCUAUUCAACUUGCAGCUUUGAGACUGCAUAUUACAUCUCGAAGGGCCAUCCUGAUAGAGAAAAGAUCUAUUAAGAAGCAGCUAGAUAAGGAUGGUGGCAAUAAACCCGGAAAAAAGGGUAUCUUAAAUUACCUUAUGUUUCUAUUGAAGAAGCAUGGAAACUUACUCAUUGAAGAGCAAACAGAGACUCCCAAAGCUCAGCAUGAAGGAUUAUUUUCACAGAAGAACCCCAGUGAUACUUCUUUCCAUCGACAAUACAAUCAAGUAGAGUCUUGUGUAGGAUGUGAGCAGUAUGAGACUCAAACUGACAUGUUUAGUAGAGCUACACCCCCUGAAGAGUUUAAGUGUCCUAUAUCUAUGCGAGUGAUGUACGAUCCUGUUGUUAUUGCUUCUGGACAAACAUUUGAAAGGAUGUGGAUAAAGAAGUGGUUUGAUGAGGGUAAUGAUACAUGCCCGAAAACCAAAGUGAAAUUAGCUCAUUGUGCAUUGACUCCAAACACAACCAUUAAAGACCUAAUAUCAAAGUGGUGUGUGAAGUAUGGAAUCACUAUUCAUGACCCAAGCAUUCGAGCAUUGAGGUUAUUGGACAUUUCUAUUAAUUCGAUCGCUAGUUUAAGCAGUUCCAUGAAUGAUCUAAACCUUCCACUGGAUAUUAGCAAUGUAUCCCUGGGGUCUUUAGAUGCUAGUUACAGUUCAGAUGCUUCACGAUCUAAGGUUGCAAAUGGGUCAAAUUUGAUUUUGGUACAGGACAAUGAUUAUUCCUAUGAAUGCCAUUCUUAUACAAAUAUGAAUCAGCAAGACUUGAAGUUUCUGUCUGGACUUGCUGAGCUUCCCUGGGAUUCUCAAUGCAAGAUGGUUGAAGAUGUCAAGGGCUGUUUGCAGUGUAAUGAUCAAGUUUGUCCUUCUCUAUCAUCUGAGAAUUUUGUCGAACCUCUAUUUGGAUUCCUGAGAGAUGCACGUGAACAACAAGAUAUCGGAGCUCAGAGAGUUGGAUUUCACUUGUUGCUUUCAUUUGUCAGCAAAAACAGAAGUGGAAUAUCAUACUUGCAUGAAGAGGCCUUUAAUCUGUUGUCAUCAUUCCUUGAUUCUGAAGUAAUUGAAGAGGUUCUUGCCAUAUUUGAAGUGCUGUCUGGCUACCCAUAUUGCAGAUCUAAAAUCACUGCAUGUGGUGCUCUUGUUUCUAUCCGAAAGAUGCUUGACUCCCAUAACAAAGAAUUCCAAGAACUGGCCAUUAAAAUUCUACAUAAUUUGUCCUCGAACGAUGAUAUUUGUUCCCAAAUUGCAUCUAUGGAGUGCAUCCCAAAAUUGGUUCCUUUGAUGAAGGAUGGGAAUCUUUCAAGAUAUUCUAUAGUUCUAUUAAGAAAUUUGUGUGAUCUUGAAGUGGCUAGGGUUUCUGUUGCUGAGACAAAUGGAUGUAUUGCUUCUAUUGCUGAGCUACUUGAGAGUGGUAGUCGGGAGGAACAAGAGCAUGCAGUGGCCAUUCUGCUUUUGUUAUGCUCUCAGCGUCUUCAAUAUUGCCAGCUGGUGAUGGAUGAAGGUGUUAUCCCUUCCCUUGUUGAUAUAUCUAACAAAGGAACUGACCAAGGGAGAGCAAGUGCUUUGGAAUUGCUUCGGCAGUUAAGAGACAUCGAAUAUGAUAAUGAUCAAGAAAGCUUUUGCUCUGAUCUUGUUGCUGAUAGAAAUGCUGACCACCAAACAAGAGAAAAGAAAUCAUCUCCCAAGACAUCUGGAUUUUUCAAGAAUUUAUCAGUGUUCUCUGGACGCAGUUCUGUUGCAUCAAAAAAGAAGAGAUGACACUUCAAACCACUCCUUUUUCUGAUCUUUUGGGACUCAGAAUCCUUUUUAAUGUCAAAUAUAGAAUCAACCUUGGCAGUUUUCUGUUUCUCAUACCUUGUGGUGCUACUCUUCUUGUCUGGAAUGGAAUUGCAAUAGCAUCAAACUUUAUGUUUAAUUGGUAAGGGUUUUGUUUCUCUCUAAUACUCUAAUUCCCAGCAUGCAGAGUUCAUUAGGUUUGAUUUCCUAAGCUGUAUCUGCUGCCAUGUUCCUGCUGUAUAGUCAAUACCAAUGUAUAGUUUUGCUUGA